CAGAUGUCUUUCAACAGCAGCCGUCCGAUUGGUCAUACGGGAGCAGGGGCGUUCCUCUUCCGAUGGUCGCGGGCGCCAUGUUGGUUGCGGGCGCCAUCUUCCCGUCGUUCCGGGGGCGGGGACUCAGAGCACAUAAGUCGAGGCGGCGGCGUUCUCUUCUUCGCUGGCGGGAUGUUUCGCUUGAAGUUGGAGAUUUUCCGGAUGGUACUGUAUCUAUCCUUCCCUAUUGCUAUGUUCUGGUUUGCAGGCGAGAUGCAGAUUUUUCAAGAAUCUUUAAAUAAACCAAAGAUGUUUCCACCUGAUAAGGAUUAUACGAGAAUGGAAUUGGAAAGCUUCAAGGAGUGGAUGAGGAAGAAGCAUGAGGCGGAGCGGUUGCAGGCAGGCAAAGACUGAUGGUUUAGCUUUUCCCUCACCAAAUAAAUGCACCUUUUAAAAAGUUGUCAUGACUGGACACCUUUUAACUUUGACUCAAUUGUAUUGAUUUCUAGAUAUGCUACAGACAAGGGAAUAAAGAACAUACUGUUCCUUUG